AUGUCUCUUAUAACAAGUGGAGAAAUCGGUCUCUGUGUGUCCUUUGCUCUAAGUUUGACAGACAUGAUGAAUUUUUCCGUCAGAAUGAUGGCCCUCAGUGAUGCAAAUGUUGUGGCUGUUGAGCGAAUCAAGGAAUACCACGACAUUGAGAGCGAACAACAUGGCGCAACCGAUUACCCCUUACUGGACACGUGGCCUCACAGCGGAGCGAUCGAUUUCCACAAGUUUAGUAUUCAAUACGGCAACAGUGAAACAUUUGCAGUAAAGGAUGUAACUCUAUCGAUUAAAGGAGGAGAGAAAGUUGCAAUCGUAGGUCGGACAGGAUCAGGCAAGACCUCUCUCGCAAGAGGAUUGCUUCGUCUCGUUCAAAAUUUCACUGGUGACAUCCUCAUCGAUGGAGUCAACAUCUCGUGUCUCAGUCUUCAUGAACUCAGAUCCAGAAUUACCAUCAUUCCUCAGGAUCCUGUACUGUUCUCUUCAACAAUACGCUUCAAUGUUGAUCCAUUUGAUCGAUUUGCCGACAGUGAUAUAUGGCAGGCAUUGGAAGCUUGCCAACUUAAAGAUAUGGUAUCAAAGAACGAGCUCGGUUUGAUGGCAGAAAUUGAAGAAGGAGGAAAAAAUAUCAGUAUCGGAGAACGGCAGCUUUUGUGUUUGUGUCGGUCGCUCUUAGAAGGCGGAACGAUUCUCAUUCUUGAUGAGGCAACAGCUUCGCUCGAUCACGCCACCCAAGCACUAGUUGACGCGGUGAGCAGGGAAUUUGGAGUAUUGUACCGUUGUAUAACAUUUUGGGUGGUGCGAGAACACUUCCGCCAUGCAACAACAGUCACCAUUGCCCACAAACUGGAAGUAGUUGGGGGAUGUGAUAGGAUAGCUGUAAUGGAAGAUGGUGAAGUGGUUGAAUUUGACACUCCAGACAAUCUUCUAGCAAGAGAGGAGUCAAUCUACCGAGAACUGGUAGAGUCGAAGAAAUCGCACUGA